UUAAAGUCCGGCAAAGUAUGAUUAGUCCAGAAGAUUACAGUGCACAUGACAAAGUACAAAAAUAUAGAAUAGCUCUUGUAAUCGAAGAAUUUGCCGAGAAUCUAAUAAAUAUACGUGGUAAGUGUAUGGAUGUCGGUUGCGGUCCUGGAGAUGCAACAAAGGAUUUGCUGUUACCGGCUCUUGGCUCAGAUGCACGAAUAAUUGGUACGGAUAUUUCGGAGAAAAUGAUUAAAUAUGCAAAUGUAGCAUCCAGUGAUGAAAAACGUGUCCAAUUCGAAGUACUGGAUAUUGAAACUAAAAAUUUACCUAAAAAGUAUAUUGCUGAAUUUGAGCAUGUAUUUUCGUUUCACACUUUGCACUGGUGCUAUGACAUUAGGUUUACUUUAUUUAACAGGCAAGCUUUUAAGAAUAUUUAUCAAGUACUACGACCCAAUGGAACUGCGCUUUUAUAUAUAGUAGCCUCUCAUGAUAUAUUUGAAGUUCUUAGAAUUUUAGCGCGAGACGUUCGCUUUGAACAAUAUAUACCGGAUAAGAUAAAAACCAUUAGCCCGUAUCAUGAUUCAAAGAAUGCUCGCAAAGAGUUGAAAGAAUUACUUCAAAGCAUCGGAUUUACAGUUCACCAUUGUAGCCUUCGGGAGGCGAGCUAUUCUGAGAAAAAAUCAGAACAGUUUUUGAAAUCAAUAACAUCCUUGUUGGCAUUUCAUGAAAUCAUGCCAAAUAAUGUAAUGGAAAAGUUCAAAAAAGUAUUAAUACAUGAAUACUUGAAAAGAAAAGUUAACUACAAAUCAAUAGAUAAUAAGGAACUUACAUUAGAUCUAUAUACAGUGUUAGUGGUUCAUGCGCAGAAGAUUGUAUAACAAUUGUAUAAACAUGUAUACAAUCAUAGAAACAUAGUAACACAUUUG